CACACAUUUAUACCGUUUGAUUGGUAGAAGAUAUUUUUUAACUGAUUUCAGAUGUGAAUAACAGAGAAGUAGAGGAAGAUUUCAUACACUCUAACUUUUUGUCUUACUUGUUGGGAAAGUGGUCAAAGUAGCUGAUUUGUGUCAAAAAUCACAUCGUUUACAGUAAAUAGUAUGUUGGAAGUUUUUAAACAAUGGGGAGCUUUAGAGUGUUGAAAAAAGUCCCAUUAAAGUGAAUGAAGAUGGACAAAAAAAGACAAAAAGCUUAAUAGUUUAAAAAGUAUAAAAGAUAUCAACAAGUUGUAUACAAGCACACUAUUCCAGACCAGUCUACACGUUUUAAAGCUUGAACGGCGUUUGUAGCUUAAACGGUGUAAGAGGAGUAGUGUGCCAAAGAAUAAGAAGAAGAAGUAUGUCGAAGAUUUAAACUGGGGACUCUUGCUUCGCAAGCCCCACUGAUAAUAAUAGCAAUGCAAAAAUCUAAAUAAAUCACAAAAAUAAGCAAACUUUAAAGAAAAUUUUAUGAUAAUUAAAUGUGAGAAUUAGCCAAUCGCGUGGGGAAAUACUUAGUUCCAAUGUAAAGGGUACGCCAUGUUUACACUUCCUGAAUGUAUGGGGAUUUUUAAGAUUACAAUUUUGAAAGUUUUCUUUCAAUCCCCCACGCAUUGACCUCAAUCCAUUCCAUCCCACAAAAACACGAUGAUAUUAUUUCCAUAAAUAAUCAAAGCAUGUGACCAGUGGUUUCAUCGAAACAGAAACAUUUCACUAAGAGAUCGUUUCGUCAGUUACUGUAAUCGGUCGUUAAACUAGAUUUCCUCGAUUUGUUUUAUUUGUAUAUGAUUGUUUUUAUUUAUAAAUAUACAUUAAUCAUAUUUUUCAAAUAAUCGUGUUCAUUAUGGUAUCUCGGGAAAAAAAUAAUUAACGCGACGGUACCAGUUCAGAAUCCAUUAAGUAAGUCAUGAUCCGUGUUGUCUGGACCUUGAACCUUGAAAUCAACAAAGGCGCUCACAUAGCACGAUACACGGUGCUAACAAAUAUCCGAACUAACUUUCAUUAGAAUAUACUUUUUGCGAAUUCCCGUGUAGCACCCUUGGAUCCCUGGCACAAUCAACCUUACUUUGUACAUGUUGAAGAAACUGCACAAACAGCACAAAUUCAACCUCUGGCUGCGAUGAUUUCUACACAAAAUGAAACAAUGUUUGCUAGAUCUGCAAGAAACAGAGGACUGGUCGAAGUAUGUUGUAUAUUACUAUUGGUGUUUGUUCCAAAAAUACAUGCUUGCGAUGAUGCAGAAUAUAAUAUAAAUGGAGAGUGCUGCCCAAUGUGCCAAGCAGGAAUGCGAGUUUAUCGGCAUUGUACCGCGGACUCCAGCACAUCAUGCAUCCCCUGUAGGGAUUCCACCUAUACUGAGAAACCAAAUGGUCUAGACAGAUGUUAUGGGUGUAAACUAUGUGACUCAGAACUGGGGUUGACAGUAGUCCGGGAUUGCACAGUUUCCUCAGAUACUAUCUGCACAUGUAUUGAUGGCUUUCACUGUUUAGAUUCAUCAUCCUCUGGAUGCAAAACCUGCCAAAAACACAGAAGCUGUUCUCCAGGACAAUAUAUCAAAAGGAAAGGAUCCAGUAUUGCAGACACAGAAUGUGAGGAAUGUCCUGAUAAGACAUAUUCAGAUGGCUCAUUAGAAACAUGUGCACCACAUACUGAUUGUCAAUCUGAGGGACUAGCAAAGCCAGGAACCCCUGCCUCGGAUGCUGAGUGCAAACAGCCGCCUGCUGACACUGCAGUCAUAGCUGGGAUCACUGUUGGAGUUAUUGCACUAAUAGGUGUAAUAGCACUAAUAGGAGCAUUGGUUGACAAACGCAUGAACAAAAAUAAAGGUUAUAACAUAGCAAAAGGAAAAGGAGAGGAAACAUACACAUCUGUGAAUAUGACCAAUGGUAAUGAAAACACAUCUGGACAUGGAACUUCAUCCCAGGAAUCAUCUUCUGAUAACGCUGCGGGCAGCAUCAUAGCAAAAGACCUACAAUUCAAACUGAUGAGCAGCUCACAAACCCGGAACUCACAAAUAACAUUUACUGCUCAGACACACAGCAACAACAGAAAUGUGGAUACACCGAUGCAUAUAAAGGCCACAGUUCCACCUAAAAAUGCGACUGACUUGACUCAAUAUGCACAAUCAAAAAAUGUAAGAAGACAUUCUGGAACGAGCAGCCAGACAAGUUCAGGAGCAGUGAAAUGACCACUUGGAUCGCUUUCCCUGUUUUUGUUCUAAAGACAUGUUUCUAAUAGCAACUCAUCUGUGAGUAACCUUCUGCAGCAUUAACACAGUGACCAGCCUGGACUCUACAGGAUGUGGCAUCAUGGACCAAUCAUAUCUUCACAUAGAGUCAGGAUGAGAUGAAGCUGUUGAGUUGUGUGUGGAAGUUGUAUCUAGAUGUCAUGGCAGAUGCAAUUGACUGGGAGUCAGACAGCAGCAUCACUAGUGACUGAUGCACAUGAGCCAGGGACUGGCUUGAAGAAAAACAAGAACAAAAUGGAAUAUGCAUUAACAGUGCUGGGGGAGGAAAUGUUAUGGAUAAUUUUCAGAUUUUUUAAUAUAUGUUUUUUUGAAUUUCUGGAUACAACGUGAAGAUACAUAUCGUACAUAUAUUAUAAAUACAUAAUAACAAUUGCAUGAAUUCUUGUGAAAUAACAGUACAUCUGAUUUAUACAACCAUAAACAGAGAAAAAUAUAUGUGAUAACACGAUAUAAGAGAAGACAUUUUCAGUUCUUAUCUGUGUGGCAGGUCAAAGGCCCAGCUUUUGUAAAUAAGUGUAAGGGUAGCAUCACAGCCCAAUCUGUUACCAGCAGGAAGGAGACUCAGAGUCAAGAAGCUGCAGUUUGAAGUGCAAAGCACACAUUUAUUAAACAUAAAAACAGAGAAAAUUAAAAAAAAAUAUUUAACCUUACACUCAUUUACAUAAGCAGGGCUUUUGUCUUGCCACAUUCUGUAAGGACUUGUAUUAAUGGAUUCCAUAUGUUUCAAAAGCUGUUCUGUCUACAUUGAUCAUCCUGAACUAUUAAGCACUCAAGAAAUACUAAAAGAAAUGUAAUGACAUGUUUUGACUGGAAGUCUUUUCAAUGUCUCCAAAGACCAAACGUUUGUCAUUGAAUUUUAAAAUGAGUACCUUAUGAUUCCAAUAAUUAAGAACUGUUUUUUUUUUUUAAGUUUAUAUUGUGUGUCACCAAUUAUGAGUUAAAGGUGUUAUUUUGUUGAAUUUUAUGGAAGUGAUUUAGCAGACUGCUAGCAGUGCUCUGUGAAACUGACCCCUGAUUUCGCUAAUAUGGACUCUGGUUUAGAGAGCGUCGGAAGAUGUGUGCACAGUAUCUUUGACAUGAUUUCAUGUAUUUUCAGACAUCGGUACAAUUUGCUUGCCUGUCUGUCAUUGAAACAUGACACCAACUAUGAUUCGACUGGAAUCUAGAAAUAGGUGAUACCUGAUCAAAAUAACAGUGAUGCUGAUUGAAAUAGCAGUGAUGCUGAUUGAAAUAUCAGUGAUGCUGAUUGAAAUAUCAGUGAUGCUGAUUGAAAUAGCAGUGAUAAUUUAAUAUCAGUGAUGCUGAUUGAAAUAGCAGUGAUGCUGAUUGAAAUAUCAGUGAUGCUGAUUGAAAUAGCAGUGAUGCUGAUUGAAAUAUCAGUGAUGCUGAUUGAAAUAGCAGUGAUGCUGAUUGAAAUAGCAGUGAUAAUGAAAUAUCAGUGAUGCUGAUUGAAAUAGCAGUGAUGCUGAUUGAAAUAUCAGUGAUGCUGAUUGAAAUAGCAGUGAUGCUGAUUGAAAUAGCAGUGAUAAUUUAAUAUCAGUGAUGCUGAUUGAAAUAGCAGUGAUGCUGAUUGAAAUAUCAGUGAUGCUGAUUGAAAUAGCAGUGAUGCUGAUUGAAAUAGCAGUGAUAAUUUAAUAUCAGUGAUGCUGAUUGAAAUAGCAGUGAUGCUGAUUGAAAUAUCAGUGAUGCUGAUUGAAAUAGCAGUGAUGCUGAUUGAAAUAGCAGUGAUAAUGAAAUAUCAGUGGAUGCUGAUUGAAACAGCAGUGAUAAUGACUGAAAUAGCAGUGAUAACUGAUUGAAAUAGCAGUGAUAAUGAUUGAAAUAGCAGUGAUAACUGAUUGAAAUCGCAGUGAUAAUGAAAUAGCAGUGAUGCUGAUUGAAAUAGCAAUGAUAAUGAAAUAGUGAUAACUGAUUGAAAUAGCAGUGAUAACUGAUUGAAAUAACAGUGAUAAUGAAAUAGCAGUGAAGCUGAUUGAAAUAGCAGUGAUAAUUGAUUGAAAUAGCAGUGAUAACUGAUUGAAAUAGCAGUGAUAAUGAUUGAAAUAACAGUGAUGCUGAUUGAAAUAGCAGUGAUAACUGAUUGCGAUAGCAGUGAUAACUGAUUGAGAUAGCAGGUGAUCUGAUCGAUAGAGCAGGUGACAGCUGGUCGAAAGACCUGUCCUAUUUGAACUUACAAUCUCUCAAUAUAGAGACGAGUCCCUGGUGCUUCUUUCACAGAGCAGUUCUAGCAGUCUGCUGAAUCACAUUCACUUCCAUACAAUUCAACAAAAUAACACAUGUAUCCUUUAAUCAUACAGACUUGCUAAGUGUUUUUUUUUUUUAAACAGCUAAAAAUAAGAUUGCGAACAGUGCUUUGUGAAACUGGCCCCUGAUUUCGCUAACAUGGAAUCUGGUUUAAUAACCAAAUAAACUCACUUCUUAUGUCUGUCGGCAAUUGGCUUUUGAAAAUGAUGUGCAGAGAGAAGAUAAUCUGGUGAAUUUGUAAAAUUAUCCUACAGCUUUCCUUCUUUUAUUUUUCAGGUACAAGCAUUUAUUUUCUUUUAAAUAAUAUUAAGCACUGAUUCACAUACUGGUCAGUCCUCUCAAUACAUCCCCCCCUUACAGACAGGCAGCCUUUUAAAGAGCUAGCCACGCCCACAUUUAAAAAAAUGUGAAAUAAACCUUUUCAUAUAAAUAUUUGAUCAUUUAUCAUUGUUCUAUCAAAGAAAAUCUAGCCCUUACAGUCCAAAUACAGCUAUCAAUGACGUCAAUUGUAUGAUCUGUGAUUAAAGUUUAAUUGGAAGACAUUUUAAUGCAGAAUGAAAAUUUUAAAUACAAAAUUCGGUGAAGGCGUUGAUGGAAAUAAAGAAGGGGAAAGACUAAUUGAAUCAAUUUUACAGAAAGGGGAGGCAGUAUUUUUUUUUUUAUUAUUGUUUUUCAUUUCUCUGGUAUGUUUUCAUCUUGACAGUAAUAAUGUGAUAUAUUAAACAUGCCCUGUCCUUA